GCCUCCAAUAAAAAAGCAGGCGAAAUUACUCUGGUUGUUUUAAGGUUAGAAUUGUUUAUAUAUGAAUCUUGUUAUAGAUAUUUAUGUGAUUUUGUUUCAUUUUCAUCAAAAUGAAGACUUUCAAUAGUGUAAAAUGGGACGCGGAUGCAGACAACAACAUAUUUGACGAGCUGUUCAAGAAGAAAAAAAGAAGUAAAUCAAGAUUGAUUGAAAAAGCAAAGAAAAAGUUGAAACAAUCACCUAAUUUCAAAGUUAAUAAAAAAAUUUCAAAAUUAGCCAAUAAAUUGAAUUUACAGUCUGAUGAUACUAUUAAUCUCAUCAAAUCACCAAUAAAAAAAGUUAAAAAGAAGAAACAAAAGCAGAAAGGACUAACUAAAAAUGACAUAGACGUAUCACAUUUAAACAAUGUGCUUAAUUGCGAUAAUAAAAAUGUAAAUAAAAAGGAAAAAAAUGAUUAUUUGGUGACUAGUUCUUCUGAUGCACCUGUUAACAUCAAAACAAUUAAAAAGCAAAAAUUGAAGAAAUUGCAUACAGUCGUUAAUAAGUUGACUGAUUCAAAUGUAGAAUCUGAGGAGGUAACUAAUUUAUUAAAAAGUACAACCAACAGUAAAAAGUUAUUAACAAAUAAAAAGAAAAAUUCACAAAUUGGUACAAAUAAUGACCUUACUACUACCAACAAGAAUAAACCGAAUAAACUUGAAAAGCAACAAUUUCAAAAACUACAAGAAAAAUCUGCUCAAGAGAUAAUAACAAAAAGUAAAAAACGAAGAAUGAGACGGUUGAAAAAACUAAUAGACAGCAAUACAUUAACUGAGCAAAUUAAAAGUUCUAGCAAUCCUUUAGAUAGUAAUUCAAUAAAGAAAAAUAAAAAAGGCAAAGUUAACAGCAGUAAUCAAGAAAUUACAAAGUCAAAAAAAUAUACGCAGGAAGAUAAUAUAGAAAAAAACAAGAAACGAAAUAGGUCUAAUGUUUUCAAAGAUAUCAAUAAUAAGAUAGUUGAAACAAUUCCUGAUAAUACCAAAAAACUAAAAAACAAAUCCGAAAAAACGAGUAGAAGAAUUGAAAUAAAUAAUCAACUCCCAAAGAGAAAUUUAAGGGCAAUAGAAACAUCAGGUUCUAAUAGAGAUAAAAAGAAAGAGAAAUUUUAUGAUAAAUUAAAAUAUGUUCUUGAAGAAGUCAAGGAAACCAAACCUAAACUUAGUUUGAGACAAAGAAUGAUGGAAAAAUUGAAAGCAGCCCGGUUUCGUUUCAUAAAUGAACAAAUUUAUACUACCGAUAGUAAAGAAGCUCAAAAACUAUUUCAAACUGAUCCGGAUGCUUUCAAAGCUUAUCAUGAUGGUUAUAGGAAACAAGUUAAAAUGUGGCCUCUAAACCCUUUAGAUGUAAUCAUCAAGAGUAUAAAAAAAAUGCCCCAUAGUCAUGUCGUGGCCGACCUCGGUUGUGGAGAUGCAAGAUUGUCAAAGUCAGUUGAUCAAAAAGUACAUUCUUUUGAUCUAGUAGCUGUUGAUGAUACAGUUAUCGAAUGUGAUAUGUGCAAAGUACCUCUAGACAACGAUUCUGUGGACGUGGCAGUUUUCUGUCUAUCACUUAUGGGAACAAAUUUGAAAGACUAUCUGCUAGAAGCCAACAGGGUGUUAAAAGUCGGGGGCAUCUUAAAAAUUGCUGAAGUAGAAAGCAGAUUUGAAAACAUCGAUGAUUUUAUCAAAGGGGUUAGCUAUUAUGGAUUCAAGAACUCCUUAAAAGAUCUAUCAAAUAACUUAUUCUAUUUUUUGGAUUUCAAAAAGGAGAGACCGAUUAAACACAAAAACAAAUUGCCAACUAUAGGUUUACAUCCUUGUUUGUACAAGAAGAGAUAAUUAAAUUUUAUUGUUCACUGUU